GGCCUUUCUUUUUGGUUCCUGAACAUGGACUAAAAAUAUAUAUAUAUAUAUUUCUUUUUUCUUUUCUUUUUUCCUUUUAUCUUUAUCUUCUUUAUGAAAUCUUCUAAACAAGACCAUCUAUAUACAGUUCAAUCAAGUGAAGCUAGUUCUUCUGUCUCCCUUCAAGAGAUACCUCGUCCUCAUUUUUUACAACCCCAUUCAUUUGAAUCUCAACACACUGAUUUACCAGAACCAGUUUUACCAUGGAUGAAAUCAGAAUCGCGUCAAUCUCUUGGAUCUCAACGGUCAAGUGUGGAUGCAUCCAGCCUACAUAUCAUGAAACGACAUAUGCCUGAUCCUGCUAUUAAGAAAAAGCAACGAUGGACGAAACAUAAAUGGUGGUUAUUGCUGUCGAAUACACUGCUGUUCUGCUAUGGUCUAGGGAUUUUAUUAUUAGCCCUCUUGACUUAUUUUAAAUUCUAUCUUCGUGCAGAUGUAGUCAUUGUAGGCGAACGCAUGAUUCUGAAUUUGAUUUUGGCUACAGGCGUCAUUUGUUUAUUUACGUCUGUCUUGGGCUAUGUAGGCAUCAUGCUGAAUAACCGUGCCAUCUUGACUUUUUACAAUUUAUUUCUCUGGCCUUGUUUUGGUAUGGUUGCUGCUAUUGGUUACUCUGCUUAUCGUAAAAACAAAUGGAACAUUGAAGGCAAACUCUCUUAUCAAUGGCAUUAUGAUCUUGACUCAGAUGCCCGUGCACGCAUUCAAGCCAAUCUUCAUUGUUGUGGCUAUAAAAGCUUUACAGACUAUCAUGAACGAUCCAACAAAUGUUUCCCUCGUACACUUUUACCUGGCUGUAAAUUCAAAUACCAAACAUUCACAAAAGAAGCCCUGACGAUGACUUGGAUUGUCGCCUUUAGUAUGAUUCCUGUUCAUCUGUUUGUCUUGUUUUCUGCUCUCUUGUGUUCUAAUCAUAUCAACCGUAAAUUCGGUAAAGGAUUGCCUCCCAAAAUUUAUCGCUUAGAUUAUCAAGGUAUUGUGGCUGGUACGCCUACAGGAAGUUCAUUGAAUCUCUAUCGAGAUGGAUUACAACAAAGACAUUAAAAAAAUAUAUAUAUAUAUUUAUUAUGAUGAUGAUGAUGAUAAUGAAGUCUCUUUCUGUUGUAAUGUAGUAGCAGCAGCAAUAGCAUUUGUAGCAGCCACUGCAGCAGUAGGUGGAAUACUUCCUUCUUCUUCUUCUUCUUUCUCUUUUUCUUCUUUUUCUUCUGCUUCUUUUUCUUCUUUUUCCUCUUUCUUGUUUUCUUUUUUCUUGUCUUCUUCUUGUUGUUGUUGUUCA